UGUGCUGCAGCUUAAAUACACACAUACGCUGUACGUACACACGGCAGAAAGAUGGCAGUUGAACUUGGUAGUUACUCAGUACCUUUACUUGGAGUGAGCAUCUUCAUUGCUGCUCUGACCUACAUCACCUACAAGCUGCUCAGCGGUUACCUGCACAAAUGGUUUGAGAUGAAGCCUAUUCCAGGGGUGGAAGGAACAUAUCCCUUCAUUGGAAAUGCACUGCAGUUCAAAAAUAAUGCAGGAGAUUUCUUUCGUCAAAUUGUGGAUUAUACCCAGGAGUUCUCGAAUGCACCGCUGCUUAAACUCUGGAUUGGAAUAGUUCCAUUUGUGAUCCUGUUUCACACUGAAACUGUUGAGGCAGUUCUGACCAACCCUAUUCAUAUGGAAAAAGCCACUGUAUACAACUUCCUUCACCCUUGGCUUGGAACUGGUCUUCUCACCAGCACUGGGCUUAAGUGGCGUCAGCGGAGAAAGAUGUUGACUCCCACCUUCCACUUCUCCAUUCUGAUGGACUUCCUGGAAGUGAUGAACGAGCAGGCAGAGAUCCUGGUGGAGAAGCUGGAGAAGCAGGCAGGGAAGGGCCCAUUCAACUGCUUCAGUCACAUAACACUGUGUGCUCUGGACAUUAUCUGUGAAACUGCAAUGGGAAAGAAAGUUUACGCCCAGAGUAAUUCUGAUUCUGAGUAUGUUAAGAGUGUGUACAAAAUGAGUGACAUUAUCAGCCGCAGACAGAGGGCACCUUGGUUUUGGCCUGACUUUAUGUACAACUACUUUGGUGAGGGCCAGGAGCAUGACAGAAUACUCAAGAUCUUGCACUCCUUUACGGAUAAGGUGAUACACCAAAGAGCAGAGAACAUUCUCUAUACUGAAUCAGACAGUGAGUCUGAUCAGAGCAUAAAGAAAAGACGAGCAUUUCUGGACAUGCUCUUGAAGACCACAUAUGAGGAUGGCAGCAGGAUGAGCCAUGAGGACAUUCAGGAGGAAGUGGACACCUUUAUGUUCAGGGGACAUGAUACUACAGCAGCCUCCAUGAACUGGAUCCUGCAUCUGCUGGGCUCCAACCCCGAGGCACAAAGCAAAGUUCAACAAGAGCUUCAGGAGGUGUUCGGUACAUCUGACCGGCCUGUUAACAUGGAGGACCUGAAGAAGCUCAAAUACCUGGAGUGUGUGAUCAAAGAGGCUUUGCGACUGUUUCCCUCUGUGCCUUUCUUUGCCCGCAGCCUUGGUGAAGACUGCCAUAUCAAUGGUUUCAAGGUGCCCAAAGGUGCCAAUGCCAUCAUCAUUACCUAUGCUCUCCACCGUGACCCGCGAUACUUCCCUGAGCCAGAGGAGUUCAGGCCUGAGCGCUUUCUGCCUGAGAAUUCAGUGGGAAGGCCUCCGUAUGCAUAUAUCCCCUUUUCUGCUGGACUUCGCAACUGCAUCGGUCAGCGUUUUGCACUGAUGGAAGAGAAGGUGAUCCUGGCGUCCGUUCUGCGUAACUUCAGCGUUGAAGCCUGUCAGACACGUGAAGAGCUGCGGCCAGUAGGAGAGCUCGUCCUGCGACCAGAGAAAGGCAUCUGGAUCAAACUGGAAAAGAGGAAACCCCAGACUUCAUCAAACUAGCAUCUCUUCCCUUUGACUGGCUGUUAUUCACCAAAAACAUCUUCAGCUGUGCUCUUAUCUACAGUACAGCCUUCCCAGUCCUAAUGGUGGUGCACUGUAAUGUUUUCUAAAUUCCCUUCGGGAGGUCAGGGAGAGUAGUGACCUUUAGAUUUUUCUCAUCAUCUUAGCCAUCAUAAUUACAAAAACUAAGCUUUCGAAAAUAAACUGAGAUCUUUUCUUUUUUGACAUUGUUAGUUUUUGGGGAAAUAGACAGCAACAUGAUGCACUAUUUGGCUCUAUCAACAACUUUGCGCUAUUUUUUCCCCCAUGCAUGUUUUAAAACAAAAAUAACUGUACAAAUGUGUUAUUUAAUUUUAAGUAUUACAAUACUAUAAACAGCCUAGCAAUGAUAGUAUGUGGGAAUGAAAUGAAAACCUUUAUAAAACAUUCCAACAUUUUAAACAUUCCAACAUUACAUUAGAUUAAUUAUCAGUCAUGUGCUUCAAAAUGGAUAAAUGGUAUUACUACUAGUAUUAGUCAUUGCCAUACAUUUCCUCACACCCUUCUCACAUUGUUUUUAAGAAACAUACUAUACAUGGAACCAUUUGUAUACGAUCUACAACUUUUUAAAGUCAUUUCUGUUGUUUUUGUCUGUUAAUAGCCACAGUCGUAGAGGAAACAAAUAGUAUGGUAAAAAACAUCCUUGAAAGAUGUUUUAUUUUUCAAUAGUAUUUGUUGAAAGAGUGAAUGAUAUAUGGAUAAAUAUGAGACGAAUGAUGAAAUGCCUGAAUCCUCUAAUGUAGUUAAUACAUUUAAUUUCAGUGUUACUAUAAAAAUAUGUUGCUUUCAGGGAUACUUCAGUGGGGGAUAGUGAGGGAUAAUUCAGUGAAGUAUUGUUGUUCCAUAAGUUGUAAGACUUGACUUGAGAGUCAUAAUUCUAAAAAUGCAGAGAUGUCUUGACUUUUAGUCCCUAGCAUGUUCAAUUAUUGGCAACUCCCACUAUGUGUGUCUCCAUUCCUGCAAGUUCCCGCAAACAUUCUGACCAUUUG